AUGGUAUUUUGUGCUUUUUCUUUCUUAAACAGUCUCUUUUCUACCUCUCAAGCGGCCAAUGCUUUCUUGAAAAGGGUCUUUCUUUUUUACCUUGCAAGGUCUUUCUUUUCUAUCUCUCAAGCGACCCAUGCUUUCUUGAAUAGGGUCUUUCUUUUCUACCUCUCAAGCGACCCAUGCUUUCUUGAAUUGGGUUUAUACAUCGCAAGCAGACAUUGCUUUCUUGAAAAGGGCUUUCCCAGAUCGAGGGUCAAACCCCGGUGUCCCAAUUUUCCCAGAUCGAGGGUCACAAACCCCGGCGUCCAAUCAGGCUUUCCCAGAUCGAGGGUCACAAACACCGGCGUCCCAAUCAGGUUUUCCCAGAUCGAGGGUCACAAACCCCGGCGUCCAAUCAGGCUUUCCCAGAUCGAGGGUCACAAACACCGGCGUCCCAAUCAGGCUUUCCCAGAUCGAGGUCACAAACCCCGGCGUCCCAAUCAGGCUUUCCCAGAUCGAGGGUCACAAACACCGGCGUCCCAAUCAGGCUUUCCCAGAUCGAGAGUCACAAACGCCGGUGCCCAAUUCAGGCUUUCCCAGAUCGAGGGUCACAAAUCCCGGCGUCCCAAUCAGGCUUUCCCAGAUCGAAGGUCGCAAACCCCGGUGCCCCAAUUCAGGCUUUUCCCAGAUCGAGGGUCAUAUAACCCGGCGCCCCAAUCAGGCUUUCCCAGAUCGAGGGUCACAAAACCCGGCGCCCCAAUCAGGCUUUCCCAGAUCGAGUGUCAUAUAACCCGGGCCCCAAUCAGGCUUUCCCAGAUCGAGGGUCAAAACCCGGCGCCCCAAUCAGGCUUUCCCAGAUCGAAGGUCACAAACCCCGGCGUCCAAUCAGGCUUUCCCAGAUCGAGGGUCACAAACACCGGCGUCCCAAUCAGGCUUUCCCAGAUCGAGGGUCACAAACCCCGGCGUCCAAUCAGGCUUUCCCAGAUCGAGGGUCACAAACACCGGCGUCCCAAUCAGGCUUUCCCAGAUCGAGGGUCACAAACCCCGGCGUCCCAAUCAGGCUUUCCCAGAUCGAGGGUCACAAACACCGGCGUCCCAAUCAGGCUUUCCCAGAUCGAGAGUCACAAACGCCGGUGCCCAAUUCAGGCUUUCCCAGAUCGAGGGUCACAAAUCCCGGCGUCCCAAUCAGGCUUUCCCAGAUCGAAGGUCGCAAACCCCGGUGCCCCAAUUCAGGCUUUCCCAGAUCGAGGGUCAUAUAACCCGGCGCCCCAAUCAGGCUUUCCCAGAUCGAGGGUCACAAAACCCGGCGCCCCAAUCAGGCUUUCCCAGAUCGAGUGUCAUAUAACCCGGUGCCCCAAUCAGGCUUUCCCAGAUCGAGGGUCACAAAACCCGGCGCCCCAAUCAGGCUUUCCCAGAUCGAAGGCUUUCCCAGAUCGAGGGUCACAAAACCCGGCGUCCCAAUCAGGCUUUCCCAGAUCGAGGGUCACAAAACCCGGCGCCCCAAUCAGGCUUUCCCAGAUCGAAGGUCACAAACACCGGCGUCCCAAUCAGGCUUUCCCAGAUCGAGUGUCAUAUAACCCGGCGCCCCAAUCAGGCUUUCCCAGAUCGAGUGUCAUAAAACCCGGCGUCCCAAUCAGGCUUUCCCAGAUCGAGGGUCACAAAACCCGGCGUCCCAAUCAGGCUUUCCCAGAUCGAGGGUCACAAAACCCGGGGCCCCAAUCAGGCUUUCCCAGAUCGAGGGUCGCAAAACCCGGGGCCCCAAUCAGCCUUUCCCAGAUCGGGGUAGUACGCACCGGACCAGUAUAA